GGGAUAAAUGACCAACUGUCACUACUGUGCUGUUUAUUUAUUUUUUUUAUGAAAGUGAUUAGUUAAAUUUAUAAAAAAAUCUUCAAUUAAACAAAAAGACUCUUGAAUGGCAACGCAUUUACAUUACACCCAGGAAUACACAACGGCUUGCUUAUUCAAGACCAACAAACAAGCUUAAUGUAACAUUAACACAUUAAUUUGUUGCUUUUAGUCUCAUUGUUGCUUUGAAAAAGCAUGGAAAUGGGAGAUAUUCAAUUGAGACGAUACUCGAGACCUAUUUUUAAUGUUGACAACCCAAAUUACGGUAACCAAAGCAACUAUAAUCCGAAAAAUAAGCGAGCCACUCGCAAUCAAGACAACCUUGUUUACGGAGAUGUUGUUACCGAUUUUGUACCGGAUAUACAGCCAAGCUACUUAAAUUAUUGUCAUCGAACUACGUCCGUGCAUCGUAACGUUUUUAAACUUGGCGACGAACCGUGUAACUUUCGCAACGUUCCGUUUUCGUUGGAGCACAGAAAGAAAUGGUUGUUUUGCUCGGGAUAUAACACUCAGAAGCGGUCCUUGCAAGAAUGCGCCGACGAUAUUGCCACGUGCAUGGAGCUAGACGACGUAUUAAUGAACAACUCGCAUGAAUCGGAGCUGCUACGUCGGGAAGCGUUGAGGGAUAUGCCCCAGUCCUUGACUGUUAAAAGAAUUAUUAAGAAAAAUCUUUCCUUUAGUGUUAACAAACGCACCAAAGAGAAACCUAUUGGUUUCUUUAAGGGUUUACAAUACACGACGAGUAUGAAGUUGUCUAAGGUCCAUACAUCUCUGAAAUCCUUCGCGUACAGUUUCGAAUUGUGGUACAGCUCGUUAAAAGAAAUCGAGGGCCACUUCGGUUCCGGUGUUGCAACCUAUUUCAAGUAUUUUCGUUGGAUGUUUAUAAUGAACUGCCUAAUAAUGCUCGUUGCACUAGUAUUUGUGGUCAUACCUCAGCUGCUUUACGAAAAUUUUGAGGUCACGACUUCGACUUCCAAAAAUCUUUGGUUCAAUUGGAAUAUAAAACCUAAGACUAAGAACAAUGCUACUUUUCAAAUUUCAGACUUAUUUACCGGAGAAGGUUACUUUGAAGAUACGGUUUUAUUUUACGGCCACUAUACGAAUGAAAGCGUUAACUUGAUUAGUACACAAUGGUACAGUGUACCUUACGCGUACUUCUUUACGAGCGUUUUUAUUUAUGUGGCCAGUUUUAUUGUUUUCAGUUUGAGUAUGGCCAAAUCGUACAGAAGAAGCUUUAUUGAGACACAAGAUGGCUUAAAAAAUAAUUUCGCCCACAAAGUUUUUUGUGGAUGGGAUUAUAGUGUGGCUACAGAGAAAGCCGCAAACAUAAAGGUGUCUUCUUUGUAUACUGAAUUAAAGGAACUUCUUAGCGAGUCAUUUCAAAUUGUUAAACAUGUGCCCUUUCUACAACAAUUCUAUACGGUGGUUUUACAAUUUGUCUGUAACGUUAUUGUUAUAUUUCUUCUGGGCGGAGUCGGUUACAUGCUAUGGCUAUUGUUGAACGAAAAUACAGCUCAUUUAAGUCAAUCAUCGUCCAGCAUAGGCGUUAUUAUUGCUGUCGUUAUCAAUAUCAUCAUGCUGCUCUUCCCGUUGGUAUUUGGAUUUAUCGUACGCUACGAGGAUUACAAGCAUCCACGUGCUGCCUUAUAUGUUACGUUGCUCAGGACCUUUUUAUUAAAGGUUGUCCUUGUGGGAACAUUUCUUGGAUUUUGGUUGAAGCAGUCUACAAAACAAAAAUGUUGGGAAACUGCAAUAGGACAACAUAUUUUUCGUUUGAUUUUGUUUGACUUUUUCUUUUCGAUUGUUCUGACUUCAGUUGUAGAAGCUGUUUGUUACUCAAUAUAUACAAAGCUCUGGAGGGGAAUUGGCGCGCCCACGUUUGACAUUGCGAGAUACACGUUGCAGCUCUUGUAUAACCAAACGUUAUUUUGGGUCGGAUUUUAUUUUUCGCCGUUGUUAGCCGUCGUCGUGGUGAUUAAAUUGUGGCUGUCUUGGUAUAUUCGACGGACUUGCACUUUGAAGUUUUGUAAGCCCUACUCGAAAUCGUGGAAGGCGGCUCAAACGCAAACCUUGUUUUUGAUUUUGUCAUUUUUAUCGCUGCUUCUCGUCAUAAUUACACUGGGAUACAUAGUGGUGGAUGUUAAGAGUUCAGCAUGUGGGCCUAUGCGAAAUUACACUUAUAUGUACGAGUUGAUUCUUAAAGGGAUCUUUCAACUGGAACAGCAUAACGUGUUUUGGAGAAUUCUAAUGUACUUUACGAAACCGGGCGCGGUAGCACUCAUGCUUCUUGCCAUGUGUGUCGUGGUUUACUAUUUACGGGCGAAAGCAAUCGCACAAAAAGGAAUAGUUGAUAUUUUACGCGAUAUGUUGGUGCUGGAAGCAAAGGAUAAGGAGUUUUUACUGAGGACUUUUUCCAAAGUUGCUGAUCAGUGUAACUUACCAAACGAGCACAAAGUGUAUACCAUGUAUGAGAAUGUUACUGACAUUUGGUCUGCAGAGAAAUGCCACUAUCGCAAUGGAAACGGAAAUGAUUGUGGUAGUUCAACUGAAACAAGUACAACUGCUGAAGUAGACGAACUUCAGGCCACUGAGCAAUCCUUGCAACUUCUCAAAGAAAAUAAACCCCCUAAGAAACACAGAUGAUUAUUUGAAAUAUUUACACUUUUAUAUGUAUAAUGAACAAUAAAUAGUAAUGUUUAAGA